AUAAAAUAUAAAUAAAAUGUCAGAAGAAUAAGAAAUAGAUUGGGGAAUAGGUGCUCAAGCUAUAUAUGCAAUGGUAAGAGGAACAAAAGAUUGUUCAAAAAGAUGUGGAGCUUUAUAAUUGAAAAGAGAGAUUAAUGAGACAGAAACAGAAUGUCUAAGUAUAAGUUGAAUAAAUGAUAGAAAAAUGUGCUGUAUUUCAUGCAGGUUCAUCUAGUACCCAUAUUAGAUUUUUAAUAAAUUAUGCAGAAACAGUACAUCUUUAAUGAUAUCAUUAUUAUUUACAUCUAUAUAAAUCAUCAUUAUCAG